AUUCUUUACAACUUCACUGCAGUUGUCUUUUCAUUUAUACUUUAAACAUUUCUAUACAAAUUCCUGGAUUGGGUAUGGUUGAAACCAAGGAGGAUACAAAGGGUGCUUAGGCAGCAAGGUUUUUCCGGCAAUUCUUACAAGCCAUUGAUCGGAGAUUUGGUAGAAAUCCGAUACUGCACCUUACAAGCAAACCGCACCGGACCUUUGGACAAUCUUUCCGACGACAUUGCCCCUCGCAUUCUCCCAUUUCUUCAUAAUGCUAUCCAACGCUAUGGCAAGAGACCUAUUCUGUGGUUAGGAACAACACCCGCCGUGAUCAUCUUAGAGCCCGAAUUGAUUAAGGAAAUGCUCGCAAAUUACACCACUUUCCACAGGCCAAAUCAGACGGCAACGUUGGAGGUGGCACGAGGAUUAUUUACCUGUGAAGCAGACAGAUGGGCGAUGAACAGAAGAAUUAUCAACCCAGCUUUCAACAUGGAGAAGUUGAAGGUUAUGGUGCCUGCAUUUUGUGAAUCCAGCGGUGAGAUGUUGGAUAAAUGGGACAACAUCGUAAAACCAGAGGGGUCGGAGGUCAACGUUUGGCCAUAUCUUAACAUCUUAACCAGCGAUGCGAUUGCUCGGACGGCUUUUGGCAGCAACUUUGAAGAAGGAAGAAACAUAUUCGACAAUGUUGCUAAGCUCACCAUGCUUAUCCACUGAGCUUGGACCAUUUGCCUUCAUCCCGCAAUAUUGGGUUUUGCCAAGUAGGAUGAAAAUGAAGAUACAACAAAAGAGGAGGGAAGUGAGCGGGUUAGUACGAGAAGUUGUGGUUAAGAGAAUGGAGGAGGUGAGAGUAGGCAAGGCUGCAACAGGCACAGAUCUACUAGGAAUAUUGUUAGAAUCAAACCUAGAAGAAACCAGCAGAAAUGGAAACAUGAAGAUGGGAUUGAGUAUCGAUGAAGUAAUAGAAGAAUGCAAAUUGUUCUACUUUGGUGGCCAAGAAACCAUCACCAACUUGAUUGCAUGGAGCUUAAUUUAUUUGGGUAAACACUUGGAGUGGCAACAACUGUUCUACUUUGGUGGCCAAGAAACCAUCACCAACUUGAUUGCAUGGAGCUUAAUUUAUUUGGGUAAACACUUGGAGUGGCAACAACGACUUAGGGAUGAAAUCAUACAAGUCCUUGGCUUGGCCACCAUUCAAUCUUUUGACUUUUCCAAGUUGAAUCAACUCAAAAUUAUGAGCAUGGUACUACAUACUCAAUGAGAUUCUGAGGCUGUAUCCACUUGCUCCAGUACUGCACCGCGAGACUCGCGAGGACACAAAACUAGGAAACAU